GUAAAAAUAGUCAUACUUAAACUUUUGUUUUUAAGCGUUUUUAUAUAUUUUUUUGUUGAUUGUACAGUGGUUAUUCAGGAUUGUUAACGUUUGUAUGCUUGAUAGUACGAAACCAUGUCUGCGGUGUUGGAAGAAAAAAAUACGAUUCUUAGUUGGAUUAGUUUGUCGAGGAAACCAUACUAACUUUCGCCUUGGAAUCAUAGCUUCCAUACCAAAACACUUCGUAAACGAUACUAGAUUAGAAGCAACAAUUCAUUCAGCUCGAGUUCAAUGGACAAAUAUGAAUAACAGGCUUCAUGGCUACUAUUCACGGAGCGCAAGAUAGUUAGUCUAAUCAUAAUGACGUUAGAAGGCUUAUUUUAAUGAACAUUAUUUGUGUUGUUUACCAUGCCUGCUCACGUAUUCACAAACACCUCUUAUUGCACAAUUGUAGAUUUUAAGGAGUCAGUGAAUCGCCUGACUGUAUCUUAAUUUUUGUUCGUAUGUUAUUAUUGUACUCUCGUCGACCAAGCAAUAUAUCGCUGCUAAACUAAAGCGCGUUUUCCUCACUGCCAAAUAACGUAUCGGGAGAUUAAAUACAAGCCCGUUAACAUUUUGAAGUUGCACCAUGUUUUCUAUGUUGGUGUCUUGUGGUACAUAUGAUGGUAGUGUUUUUGCGUUAGAAUAUCACCAUCAUACUAUUGAUACUGCUGGUCCGAAACUGUUAAAGCCAAUAUUCAUCGAUCCUACAGCACAUCCUGCGCCAGUCACAACAAUAGCUACAAAGGAUGAUGUGGUUAUUUCUGGAAGUAGCGAUGAAAUUAUUCAGGUAUUUUCAGUACAUACAAAAACUCGUGUAGGUGCACUCGAAAUGCAUGUUGGGACCAUAAGGCAGCUCAAAUUUAUUACAGAACCAUAUGACUCGGCGUACUGUCAUUUUUUCAGUGCUGGUGAUGAUGGAUGUAUUGGUAUUUGGCGUUGCGAAUCCCCGGGAGGUAAACUUAUCAAAUGCCCACAUCCAUCGGCUUGGGAGUGUAUUCGUCAAAUUCGUCGCCAUAAAGGGUCAGUCCAAAGUAUGGCAGUGCACCCUUCCAACCGCUGCCUUUUCUCCAUCAGUGCAGACAAAACGUUUCGUAUAUGGAAUCUUCUUCGUGGUCGACAGGCUUAUGCUGUUAGACUAAAAAAUCUGGCAAAUGAAGCAAAUAAAAUCUCAAUGUCACCUACUGGUAAUCGCCUUCUUUUUAUUUGGCCGAAUAAAUUCGAUAUGGUUGACCUUCUUAGUGGAUCGCAAAUAAGCUUUGAUACUAGCAAAAAUGAAGCCUUCAUUGUUGGCAGCGUUCAGUUUCCUAAUCUUCUUACUUCAGACCCUACUUUCUUCAGUGAAGAUGAUGAACUCUGUAGUCAAAAGUCUUCAGACCCUUUAUUUGCAUAUGUAUUGGUUGGUAUUGACGCAUCACUCACUUUGAUUAAAUUCAACGUCCGAAAUAACACGUCUGAGCCAUUGACACCUAAAAUUACAAGCAAAGUACUUUUGCCGGGUAAACGAAUCAAAUUCAUUCAGGUUCUACACUGGCCAUCCUAUCUGGCAGAAAAAGAACCAAUGUGCUGUGGACGUAGUCGGUUGGUAGUAGUUGUUACGACAGACGCUGAUGGCAGCCAUUUACGAGGUUAUGCUGUAAAUCUCAACUCAACAGACAUCCUUGAGCCAGGAAGUUCAUUCAUCCCUUUGUUCACAUAUGACGUCCCAAGCACUCGAAUUACCACCCUAGCCGCCACCUGGACUUCAACUAGUCACAUGCAUCAUCCGGAAGACAAAAUUACUCCCUAGCGAAAUCGAUUCCAAAUUAUAUCUACCUGUAAAUUUAUUAUGUAAAUAAAAUCACGUCAUUCUCCGUUUUCAUCGGUAUUAAUUAAAACCAAUUCACUAAACAUGUAGCCGAACUAACGAGAAAAUCAAAUACCCACGUAAAUACACAAAAGUGGUUGGUGAAAUGAACAAAAAAGCUACACGCCUGAGACAUUUACAGCCUUGAAUCUAUGCACUAUAUUUUGUAUGCUGUAAUAUUCCACAGAUAUGAAACUCAAACACUUCUUCUCUCUUAAGACUGAGUCACACACAAUAGUUUUGUUGAGGUAUCUCGAAGGUAAGUGUAGUGUUUCCUUAAAAAUCGGGGCUUUAAUACGUCUAUUCACAAUAGUGAACUUAGUUUACUCAACAGCUCCCUUCAAUCAUUAGUAAAUGUCGAAAAAACCGACCGUAACUGUUGCAUUGACGUGGUUAGCGGGUUUGCCUAUCGUGAUGAACCAACCGAGCUACAUUGGCUGAAACAUAUGUCUCUAUAGGUUCUAGCAUGCCAGACAGCUCCCAAAUGUCUUGGUACGACUGGUAUCUGUGGCCUCGCUGAUGUAGGUAUAGCAUUGAGUCCUAGGGCAGAACUAGCUCUU